UCUUAUUUUGAGUUAUUUGCAACCUCUUUUUUAGUUUAGUAGACAGUGCAGAAAAGCAGGAUGAGCAACAGUAAUCAAAAUAACAUGUUCUGAGAGCAGAACAUAAUUGUUUACGAGAUCGCUCAUUUAAACAAUUUACAUAUCAAUAUAAAAAACUUAAUCUUGCUCUAGCCUUUUUGAUGACAGAAUUGGCAACAUUCUCACAAUUGGCGAGGUACAAAUUACGAAUGUAUGUAUGCUAAGUAGUACAUAGUGUGAACUGGCAAUUAAUGGGGUCACUUGCGCACUAUGGUUGACCAGAAGGGGUCCCAUUUCCGGAGGCCGAAGGCCAAGGGAAAUAGAAUCCUUCAGUCGCGUCACAAGCCUGAGGGGUACGGUCGAUUAUGCUAGUUGAUGCAGUGUGGCGUUUUAUGCCGUAUGAUGUUUCGUGCAUUCCAUAUGUGACACGGAAAAAAAUCGCCCUACGUGCGCGUACAGCCACAAAGGACUUUCCAAUACUCUCUAGCUCUACGGACACUGCACUCUGCAGACUCAGGCUCGAGUUCUGUCAUCCAUGUUCUAUUGAAAUCCAUCUCAACAUUCGAUAGGAACAAGCUGGCUUCGGAUGACCAGUUGCCUUGAUUUUGAACUUACAUUUUACACGGGACUCCCUGUCCAGGAUGAAGUUCGAUAUCAUUUUGAACCACGUGGGCACCUUUGGUACCUACCAACGACGUAUUUAUUUUGUCAUGACGUUAGUGGCCAUUCCUUCCGCUCUGCACACUUUUAGUCCGGUGUUUCUGAGCGCUAAGACCGAUCACUGGUGCACCGCGCCGGAACUCAUCCGCUACCGGGACAACUGCAGCUCUUUGCCUCUUGACGACCCCGAUCAAUGCUCAGCUUUCUUGAAGAGCAUUAGCAUUCCAAAAGAGGUGGACACCGAAUCGGGCAAGAUCUCUUACUCCCAGUGUCGGCGAUUUAAUCUGACUGGUUUAGACGUGGUAACUGACAGCGGAAUUCUGCUUUCACAACCUUUGAUCUUGACUGGUGAUGAGGAAGAUGACGGUGUUACUUUUACAUAUGAGGAUGCAAAAAGUUCUAUCUACAACCAGACUUUGGAAGAGGAUGAAGCUAUCCAAGUUAUCCCAUGUGAUAAAGGAUGGGAGUAUGACACGUCACAAUAUAGCAGCACAACAAACCAUCAGUAUGAACUAGUAUGUGAGAGAGCCAGGCUCAUCAAGUAUGCUCAAUCCGCCUUUUUUGCUGGAAUGUUGAUUGGCUCCUUUCUUAUUGGAUUAUUAGCCGACUGGAUUGGUAGAAAACCAACAUUCUUCAUUUGUUUGGUUGCUUCAUUUCUGGCCGGUAUUGCCCAAGCAUUUGCACCCAAUCUGGCUGUUUUUAUCGUGGUCCGUUUCAUAGUGGCACUCUUUAAAUGGGGCCUGUACACAAUGGCUUUUGUAAUCGGCACUGAGUUUGUUGGUCCGUCCAUCCGAGCAUUUGCUGGACAAUUCAUCAACAUCUACUACGCGAUAGGCUACAUGUUGCUAGCUCUUUUUGCUUACUUAAUUCGUGACUGGAAGAUGCUGCAGCUAGCUCUCACGAUGAUCUAUGUUCCUUUUAUCUUUCUCAUUCCAGUUCUCCCUGAAUCCGCUCGCUGGUUGAUGUCUCGUAACCGAAAUGAAGAUGCUGAGAAGAUCGUGCGAAAGAUGGCAAAGGUUAACAAGGUGGAACUUCCAGCAGAUCUAUUUGAAGAGGACAAGAACCAGGAGGAGCAACCCGAGAUCACUGUCAUUCGUAGAUACACCUAUCUGGAUUUAGUUCGCACUCCCAACAUGUGCUGCAAAACCAUCAACAUACUGUUUUGUUGGUUUGUCAACAACAUGGUAUACUAUGGGAUAUCUCUGAGUACCUCAGAUUUGGGUGUAGAUCAUUACCUUGCUGCAUUUGUUGCCGGUGCUGUUGAAAUACCAGCCUAUAUCAUGGCAAUACUCUCCAUGCAGUAUAUUGGUCGUCGUUUGCCACUUUGUCUUUACCUUGUGGCUAGCGGAAUCGCCUGCGUAGGAGCCACUCUCUUUUCCCCUGGAGCUGGUCGAGCAACUGUUGCCAUGAUAGGAAAGUUCUUUAUAACUACAACAUUUGGGAUGAUAUACACCUAUUCUGCUGAGAUCUAUCCAACACAACUCAGGAGUCAAGGUAUGGGCUUGUCUUCCAUGAUGGCCCGUAUCAGUGGCAUUAUCUGUCCUUUCAUCUUAGAACUAGGUGCUGUCUGGUUCUCUUUGCCUUACUUCAUCUUUGGUGCUUUCUCCAUCUCCUCUGGUCUCCUCUUACUCUUCCUGCCGGAGACAAGAGGCAAACCCUUGCCAGAAACUGUGGAGGACGCUGAAAGAGUUGGGAAGGGAAAUAUUUGUCGCUGUCUUCGUAAAAGUAGAGAAGAAACAAAUGAUGGAGACGCCAGCAUGGAUAAAGGGCGGUACAAGUCUGUGCCUAAACAGGAACCAGCAAAUCAUGAUGGAAGUCAAGAAAUAGCAACAGAGAAAGUGUGAGACUGGAACACACUACAUAGUGGUCAGUUUGAUGUUCCUGGAAAGAAAUUCCAUUAUAUUUACUUAUUGUAGUUAGUGUCAGUAAGCAGUUAGUUUGGUAACUUUCUUUUUUACCCCGUAACUGAGCCCAGCUAUCUUAAUUUAGACAUUAGCUUUUCCUUAAAUCUUGGAAAAGCUCAGCAGUUCCACAUGACACCUUCCAAAUCCUUGACACAAGACGCUGAAGGUUGUGAAGACCAGAGUCAUCAGGUACAGUGUUUAAUGAAUCGUGUCCUGACUCUGGUCAGCAGCUGGCAUAUACACUGUGACAAGUUAGUGCAGUAAGCCCUCCUGUAUCUGUCUGGUUCAUUUCCGUUUGCCUGUUCAUUAUUAUCUUACAUCACAUCUGGAAGAGGCCCCUAAUCAUCUACUUCCACUGAUUAGGACCAUGUCAUUAUGACAAAACAACCGAAAGUAAGAAGAUAAAUUUCAACCAGAGUUUACUCUCUUGCCCAAACCCCACGAACUCAAAGAGUUAAGUUGAUAAUCCCACCUACUCUUAAUCUGUUAAAAACUGCAUCCUGCACCUCCAAUGCUUUGGUGUUAACCCUAACAGUCCUCGAUCCUUCACCUGUUGGAGGACUGAGGACUGUGGUACAGUGUGUAGCCCUACAAAAGCAUUAUAGAAGUUUGUGUUCAGUCACAAUUUGGAGCUAGCCCUUUGCCACUAUCAGAAUAAUUUGUUACUAGAGGCAUAUUGUAGUGUUCAGCAUAUAUUUAAACCCCCAAUCCUUAAGUGUCAUUUGUAAUGAUUUGAGUACAUAAUUUGAGAUCACUGCCAAUAAUCAGUCAGUGAUAUUUCAUUUUAGGUGUUGUGUAAUGGGAAGUGAUGUUUGUACAUGUACUUCACUCCAUUUUACAUGCUUGUGUUCUCAAAGCACACACUUCUAGAAAUGGCACAGUGCCUGAAUUCUCGGUUUCACAAUGGAUUAGUCUGACAAAGAGAUCAGCAGUGUCAAUGAAUAGAUGUUGGAGUGUUGAUUUUCAAAGGACAACAACCAGAAUCAGAGACUUCCAAAGUACACACAGCCAUAAGGGAUUGUGAACUUAAGCAAAAAGCCACUACAAAGUGCAUGUAACAAAGCAAUAGCUACAUGCACUCAACAAAGCAUGGCUUCACUGUCGAGGCCUUCUUUCAUACAGGUACACAACAGUUCUGCAUUGAUAAUACCAACAGUAACUUACCACAAGUGCUGUGAGAUAUUCCAGUGUAGUUUCUGGGGGGGGCAUGCCCUCAUUUGAAAUCUCUGAACAAUGUCCAUUGUAAUGCAGCUGCAGCUAAGUUUCAAAAUUUAGCCCUAGUUACACCAUGGUACAUUUCUAGAGGCUGGUACUUCAUUUUUUAAUGUCAUAAAUAACAUUUAAAUCUUUUUGAUUUAGUUUUACGUCUGAACUUUCUAAACUCUUAAAAAUCAGUUGAAUUUUAUUACAAUGCUGCUUUAUACAGCCAUGAUAUUUUUCCUAUUUUUCUAACAUUCGAGAUUUUUUAUUUGUUUGUGUUUCCACUGUUGUCAAUCUUCUCUACUACAGCCAAGCUACUUAUGGGGUUCCACAGGGAAUGCAUAAUUUCCUAUAUUUUGUUCAGGGGCAAAUGACAUUCCUGUUUUACAUUUCUGAGUGGUCUCAUAUUAUUUUAACCUUUGCUUAAAAAGGUGAAUUUGUUGAUGAAUUUUUUUAGAAAUAUUUUUGUAGAUAAAUUUGUGAACUUUUGCUGGUAUAAAUUAAAUUAGUAAAUUAGAUUGGUUCAACACUCACUGGAACUCAUGGAAAUUGGAGAUAUUGUGCAUGGUGAAUUAGAAUCUAAGAACUGGCUAGAAUUUAGUGAUGAACAGAUGUGUGAAGUUGCAUUGGAGAAGACAAAAUUGUCAUGGAAUGCUUUCUUUGCAGAAGCAAGGUAAAACUUUGGUUUGCCUUGAGAAACAGGGAUUGAAGAAGGUUGCGGUAUUAAUAAGCAGAAAAAAAGUUGAGACGGGAACCUGUGUUAUUUCAGUGCCUUUGUGCAACCUCAGGCAUGUUUCAUCAUUAUAUAAAUGACUUCUCCGGAGUUUUGCGUGAUAAUUAUUUUAACCAAGAAAAGUAAAACAAUAGAAUGUGUCAUUCUGUUAUAUUAUAUUUCGCUAACUAAAUAUUGAUAGAAGGUUUAUUUGUACCAUGUAAGAAAACCACAUUUGAAGUUUUGACAUUUUUAAAGUAGAUCCAUCUAUUUUGCCAUAUUUAAUACAUAACAUUUUGUGGAUACAGGAUAUUGAAUCAGGAAUAUUACUUGGUCAUCGUAGUAUCUUGUGAUACAGGAUAUUGAAUCAGGAAUAUUACUUGGUCAUCGUAGUAUCUUUUGAUAACAGGAUAUUGAAUCAGGAAUAUUACUUGGUCAUCGUACUAUCUUGUGAUAACCGGAUACUGAAUCAGGAAUAUUACUUGGUCCUCAUAGUAUCUUGUGAUACAGGAUAUUGAAUCAGGAAUAUUACUUGGUCAUCGUAGUAUCUUGUGAUACAGGAUAUUGAAUCAGGAAUAUUACUUGGUCAUCGUAGUAUCUUGUGAUACAGGAUAUUGAAUCAGGAAUAUUACUUGAUCAUCGUAGUAUCUUGUGAUACAGGAUAUUGAAUCAGGAAUAUUACUUGGUCCUCAUAGUAUCUUGUGAUACAGGAUAUUGAAUCAGGAAUAUUACUUGAUCAUCGUAGUAUCUUGUGAUACAGGAUAUUGAAUCAGGAAUAUUACUUGGUCAUCGUAGUAUCUUGUGAUACAUUAUACUGAAUCAGGAAUGUUAUUUGAUCAUCAUCAGCCUAAAAUAUCAUAUCAGAUCUCCACACAGACAUGGACACAUCCAUUUUUGCAGCCCAUGUAUUUGGAUAAAUGCGAGCACAGCAAAGUCUCCAUCUAUGCAUGAUUGGACUUCCAGAUUUAUUUUGAGGCCCAGUACCAUUGUAUUGUUUCACUGUUGGCGGUGGAAGGAGUCAGGAAUGUUUAAAAAUAAGAGAAAUCCUGGGGUUGAGUUUAACAAUAACCGAGACAGUGUUCCCAUCCUUACUGUACCAGUGUGGACAAACCCCACACAGAAACUACAUCAUUACUCAACCAAGCAGAUCUUUUGUUUUCAAUGUAUCACUGAGAAUUUGCAUUCCUUUAGAAAAUUAUCUGUUAUGCUAAUUCUUAUUGAAAAUAGAAAAUUUAGUGAAGAGGUCAAGAAACACCUAAUCACAGUGUUUGCUGACUUAAACCCUAACCCUCCUCAAUCCUCCAACAGGUGAAGGAUUCAGGAGGGUUAGGGUGAAAUGAACAAACUUAAAUGAACAUAUUUCAAGGACUAAACGCCUAAAUUUCUAAACACUACUUUUUUCUAGAGCAGUGGAGAAAGACGUUUAUCAGUAUAAGAACACAGUUUGACAAUCCCAGCUGCUUUG